AUGAGUCUGGAUGAGGACACACGUUGGCUUGAGUGGGUCACCAAACAGUUUGGGAAUAUUGCAGGAGAUGACAAGGAGAUUGAUCUGGACGAGUUUAAAACAGCCCUUAAAGUGAAGGAGUCAUUCUUUGCAGAGAGAUUUUUUGAGCUCUUUGAUUCUGAUGGAAGUAGGUCUAUCAGUCUGGAUGAACUGCUAAAAGCUUUGAACCUCCUCAUCCAUGGCAGCAAGACAGACAAACUGCGCUUCCUCUUCCAGGUCUACGAUGUGGAUGGUAGUGGCUCUAUAGACCCUGAUGAGUUGCGUACAGUGCUGAAAUCCUGCCUGAGGGAGAGCGCCAUCUCCCUGCCCGAGGAAAAAUUGGACGACCUGACACUGGCCCUGUUUGAGUCUGCAGAUAAAGACAACAGCGGCUCCAUCACAUUUGAAGAACUAAAAGCAGAGCUUGAGACAUUCCCUGAGGUCAUGGAGAACCUCACCAUCAGUGCUGCCAACUGGUUAAAGCCUCCUGAAAUGGAGCAAAAGAAGCGGAAUACACCUCGCUACCUGACCCGAGCAUACUGGCAAAACAAUAGUCGCAAGCUGCUCUUUCUCUGCUUUUACUGCCUUAUUAAUGUGCUCCUGUUCAUCAUGGCCAUGCUACAGCAUGCCCCUGGUGGCAUCUGGCUCAUGUUGGCCAAAGGCUGUGGCACAUGUCUUGACCUCAACUGCACUUUCAUUAUGGUUCUUAUGUUGCGGCGUUGCCUCACCUGGCUACGGGCCACUUGGGUGGUGAGAGUCUUACCUUUGGACCAGAACAUCCUCCUGCAUCAUAUAGUGGGUUAUGCCAUCCUCAUCUUCACCAUAGGGCAUACGAUGGCACAUGUCAUGAACUUUGGUCGCCUAAUCCAGAUGGAUGGGAGGUAUCACAUGUGGGAAUACCUCCUGACCACACGUCCUGGUAUAGGCUGGAUUUACGGCACAGCCUCCAUUACGGGGGUUGUGCUUCAGGUCCUCAUCUGCCUCAUGGUGGUUUGCUCCAGCACAUUUGUGAGACGCAGUGGCCAUUUUGAGGUCUUCUAUUGGACCCAUCUUUCCUAUGUUUGGGUUUGGAUACUGCUCAUAGUCCACUGUGCAAAUUUCUGGAAGUGGUUUGUGGUGCCUGGUAUAGUCUUUAUUGUGGAGAAGUUAGUUGGCAUUGCAGUUUCUCGCAUGAGUGGCCAGUACAUCAUUGAAGUCAACUUGCUGCCAUCUAAGGUAACGCAUCUGGUGAUCAAACGGCCACCCUUCUUCCACUUCAAACCUGGAGACUUUAUCUACAUCAAUAUCCCAGUAAUAGCCAAGUAUGAGUGGCACCCCUUCACCAUCAGCAGUGCUCCUGAGCAACAAGAUAUCAUGUGGCUCCAUGUGCGCUCAAUGGGCCAGUGGACAAAUCGCUUGUAUGAGUAUUUUCAGUCUGAGAGCCAAACCACCAGCACCAAGAGACUCACAGCCAGCCUGAGGAACCGACAUCACCAGACACAAACCCUUAUCACUGCCAAACUGAGUGAGAAUCAUAGAUUUUGUAAUAUCAAGUGUUAUGUAGAUGGGCCCUAUGGGACCCCCACCAGGCAAAUUUUCGCCUCAGAGCAUGCAGUGCUGAUAGGGGCUGGCAUUGGCAUCACACCCUUUGCAUCCAUUCUGCAGAGCAUCAUGUACCGCUAUCGAAUGAGGAAACAGAACUGUCCCAACUGCAGCUACUCGUGGUGUGCGACUAUUAAAGACAGUGAGAUGAAUCUGAGGAAGGUGGACUUUAUUUGGAUAAACCGAGACCAGAAGUCUUUUGAGUGGUUUGUAAGCCUGCUGACCAAGCUGGAGAUGGACCAGGCUGAUGAGGAGCCCGAAGGUCGAUUUUUGGAGAUGCACAUGUACAUGACCUCAGCCCUGAGUAAGAAUGACAUGAAGGCUAUUGGACUGCAGAUGGCACUGGACCUGCUGGCAAAGAAAGAGAAGAGGGACUCGAUCACUGGCCUGCGCACCCGCACCCAGCCGGGCAGACCUGAGUGGAGGAAGGUGUUCCAGAAGGUGUCUGAGGAGAAGAAAGGCAAGGUCCAUGUGUUCUACUGUGGAUCCCCUGCACUUGCUAAGGUCAUCAAGGCACAUUGUGAGCAAUUUGGAUUCAGUUUCUACAAGGAAAACUUCUGAUAUCUAUUCAUGUUUUUUUCACAUAAUCCUUAGCAACUACUGUUAAUUUAAUUUCAACUGUAUGACAUUUCCUCUUUCAUCGAAAGUAUAUUUGUCCAUGUUUCUGUAUGCAUGCACUUGCCAUUGCAAAUUCACUUUAUUCACUUUAUUCACUUUAAAUAGAACACCAUACUUUAAUGAUAAGCAUAUUAGACAUUACAUUUACAUAUCUAUCUUUACUGUCUGCUGGAGGUCACUACUAGUCACUAGACUUUGUGUGGUUUGACUCCAUAUAUAUUAUCCAUAUAUAUUUGAUCACAGACUAGAUGCUGUGGUGUAAUAAUAUGAUAAUAAUGUGUCAUUUGUAUUGUGUACCAUGACUUUCAUUUAUUUAAAAAACAUUUACUCAGUUAUACAAUACUUGGGAUUCAUGGAUGUAAACGUUUUCAAAAAUGUAAGUAUUCAGUGCCAAUAUUGCUU